UCGCCAGCACCUAUGGCGUCGGUCCCGGCAUCUCCCCGGCUCCCGACGCCGUCCCGGGGUCCCGGUCCCGCCGCGCACCGCCGGGGCCGCCCGGCCGCCAUGCUGAGGGUGGAGGUGGACCAGGCCUUCCUCCGCUCGCCGCGGGGCUUUCUGAAGAUCGCCCGCACGCUGGUGGCGCUGGCCGCCUUCCUCUGCUUCAUGGCGUCGGGGGCGCGCGAGGCCUACGCGGCGCUGGCCGGCAUGGAGGUGGUGACCAAUGCCCUGUUCCUGCUGCUCUACCUUGUGAAGCUCGACGCUCGGAUUCGGUUCCUCUAUUGGCCGCUGGCUGAUGUUUUGAACUCGGUGCUUGCAGCAUUGUUGCUCCUCGUUGUGUCCUUGUGUGCAAUAAUAAUCAAGACCAACAAAGGGACAUUGGCUGGAGGAGUGUUGGGUCUUACAUUGCUUGCUCUCUACCUUGUCGACGUCAUUCUUCUUUGGAAGAAGAUUAGCCUUGAUAAAGCAAGAGGAGGGAGUGCUCCUGCCAAAUAAGAUUGGCGUGUUAGUGAAAGAAUGAGUUGUCCAUUCUGUUUACCCACUCUCUUUUAAAGAAUUUGUAUUUUCACAUGCUCAGUUUUAAAUUUCCUGUGCACUGAUGUUUCUGCAAGUAUCAUUCAUAAGGUUUCAUACUGUUCCAAAUGCAGUUUCAGCGUUGCAAUUUCACCAGUUAAAGCUGCAGAGAAAAUUCAUGUUUUUCUAAACUGAAUUACGUUUUUACUGUAUGAAAAUAAUUUUCAUGGUUGUCUUGUUUAAUAAAAAAAAU